UAUCACAGGGGGGGUCUUUAACAAAGCCCUCCUCCCUGUACCCUCCCACUGCAUUCACUUGCAAAUCACUGUAUGCCUGGAAGAGCCAGCUUUCCCCAGCCCUUAACCUUCCCAUACUGAGUGCUGCAGCUCCAGAAGCGGCGGCAGCAGCACACUGUCUGUGUGUGUGUGUGAGUGUGUGUUGAGUGUGUGCAAUGUGAGGGAGGGAGGAUUUUCUUCCUUUUUUUUUUUAUUAAUCAGGAGUACUGAAUGGAAACCAAUCAGAUAGAGAGCCCCCUCGGCUUCGGCUCCCUGCAUGCUAGAGUUAAAAGUGAUGCUGGGAGAGAGGGAGCCCCACUUAGAUGUCAGUAGAUUCAGCAGUGGAGGUGAGAGGCAAGAGUGGAGAAAAGCAGGCAGAGAAGCAGCCCUGCUACCACACUGACCACUGUAUUACUGAAUGAGAACUGAGCACUUGUCCUCUUUCUUCUCUUCUUACCGACUCACGGGAUGGUUUGGGGUUGGAAAGGAUCUCUGUUGGGCCAUCUGCAUCGUGUCUCUACGUUGUAGUGACAAGGCUGAUAUAAUGAUCAGUUCCUAGAAGAGCACAGCCAUCCAGCCUAUGGUUAAGUGAACCAGUGUGUUCCAGCUCUAGCUUGACUUUUAAGCAUGCCAUCUAUGUGGAGUACUUUUAACAAUGUUCAAUUUCUAGUGCAAUCUUACAAUAUUAAGGUUUAAGAAGAUGAGGAAACUGUGUAUGGAUCUCUCUGGAAAAAAUGGCCAAUUACUAAAUGACAGGGAUUCUUUGAGAUUGCAAAGAACAUUAAAAACAUAAGAAGGCAUGAGGCAGGAUCCAGUACAGUAAAGUAGAUCUCUUUAAGGACACGAAAGAAAUCAUUGCUUGGACCUUUUUCUGCUGUCAUAAUGAGAACUUACCACUGCUUCUGGUUGCUGUUUUGGGUUGGGCAGCACCAUCAAAGUUCCUCAACUCCAUUAUCCAAAAGGACUAGUGGCUUCCCAGUAAAGGAAAAGGUCUUGGAACUGUCUGGAAAUAACAGGAAGGCGCUUAAUCGUUCCAAAAGGAGCUGGAUGUGGAAUCAGUUCUUUCUCUUGGAAGAAUACACAGGAUCUGACUAUCAGUAUGUUGGCAAGCUGCAUUCAGACCAGGAUAAAGGAGAUGGCUCCCUUAAGUACAUCCUUUCUGGAGAUGGAGCUGGAGAUCUUUUCAUUAUCAAUGAAAACACUGGAGACAUACAGGCUACAAAGAGACUAGACAGGGAAGAAAAGCCUGUUUAUAUACUUCGGGCCCAGGCAAUAAACAGGAAGACUGGAAAACCAGUGGAACCAGAGUCUGAAUUCAUCAUUAAGAUCCAUGACAUCAAUGACAAUGAGCCAAUGUUUACAAAGGAUGUUUACAAUGCCAGCGUUCCAGAAAUGUCAGAUGUCGGUACCUUUGUUGUGCAAGUCACUGCAACCGAUGCUGAUGAUCCUACUUACGGGAACAGUGCUAAAGUUGUCUACAGCAUUCUCCAGGGACAACCAUAUUUCUCAGUUGAGUCUGAGACAGGCAUUAUCAAAACUGCUUUGCUGAACAUGGAUCGAGAAAACAGGGAGCAAUACCAAGUGGUCAUCCAGGCCAAGGAUAUGGGUGGACAAAUGGGAGGAUUAUCAGGGACCACCACAGUGAACAUCACGCUGACUGAUGUCAAUGACAAUCCACCUCGCUUCCCACAGAGCACAUAUCAAUUCAAAACACCUGAGUCUGCCUUACCUGACUCACCAAUUGGUAAGAUAAAAGCUAACGAUGCUGAUGUGGGUGAAAAUGCCAAGAUUGAAUACAGCAUUACUGAGGGGGAUGGAUCAGACAUGUUUGGGAUCAUCACUGACAAAGACACACAGGAAGGAAUUAUAACUGUCAAAAAGGCUUUAGAUUUUGAAAAGAAAAGGCUGUAUACUCUGAAAGUGGAAGCUACCAAUACUCAUGUAGAACCACGAUUCCUCUACUUGGGGCCAUUCAAGGACUCUGCUACAGUUAGAAUUUUGGUGGAGGAUGUGGACGAGCCACCAGUGUUCAGCAGACCAGCAUACAUAAUAGAAGUUAAAGAAGAUGCUCAGAUAAACAGCGUUAUAGGAACAGUGUCAGCUCAAGAUCCUGAUGGUGCCAAGAAUCCUGUCAAGUAUUCUGUAGAUCGGCAUACUGAUAUGGACAGAGUAUUCAACAUCAAUUCUGGAAAUGGUUCAAUAUUUACUUCAAAACCCCUUGACCGGGAAACAGUGCUGUGGCACAACAUUACAAUAAUAGCAGCAGAGAUCAACAACCCAAAGCAAAGCAGCCGUGUCCCUGUGUUCAUUAAGGUUUUGGAUGUAAAUGACAAUGCCCCAGAGUUCGCUAUGUUUUACGAGACCUUCGUCUGUGAAAAUGCAAAGGCAGAACAGCUGAUACAGACCCUAAGUGCUGUUGAUAAGGACGACUCGUUUGGUGGACACCAGUUUUCAUUCUCCCUGGCUUCUGAAGCAGCCAGUAGUUCAAACUUCACGCUACAGGACAAUAGAGACAACACAGCAGGGAUCUUCACCCGAAAAAACAGAUAUAGCCGACAUGAAAUGAGUAUGUACCUCCUGCCUGUGGUAAUAUCAGACAAUGACUACCCUAUCCAGAGCAGCACAGAAACAGUGACUAUCCGAGUGUGUGCCUGUGACCAUCGGGGGAAGAUGCUGUCAUGUAAUGCAGAAGCAUUAAUCCAUCCCACUGGACUUAGCACAGGAGCUUUGAUUGCCAUUCUCCUCUGCAUCAUUAUAUUACUAGUUACAGUGGUGUUGUUUGCAGCUCUGAGGCGGCAGCGAAAGAAAGAACCUUUGAUUAUUUCCAAAGAGGACAUCAGAGACAACAUUGUCAGUUACAAUGAUGAAGGUGGCGGAGAAGAAGAUACCCAAGCUUUUGAUAUUGGUACACUGAGAAACCCUGAAGCCAUAGAAGACAAUAAAUUACGCAGAGACAUCGUGCCAGAAACACUUUUUAUGCCACGCCGGACUGCAGCAGUACGAGAUAACACUGAUGUCAGAGAUUUCAUUAACCAAAGGUUAAAGGAAAAUGAUAUAGACCCCACUGCACCCCCAUAUGACUCUUUAGCAACCUACGCAUAUGAAGGUAAUGGCUCCGUUGCAGAGUCCCUCAGCUCCUUGGAGUCGGUGACUACGGAUGGAGAUCAAGACUAUGAUUAUCUCAGUGACUGGGGGCCUCGGUUUAAAAAACUGGCUGAUAUGUACGGCGCUGUGGACAGUGACAAAGACUCUUAAUAUGUUGCCUUUUUCAUUUCUAGAAACAGCAUUGAGAUAUGUGAAGUGGUUAUUUCUUUCUAUAUAUCCACAGCUCUGUGAAAGGAUUCUCUAUUCUACCAGUUCCAAUUGUCUAAUGACUGCAGUCUGUGUGGAUCAAAUGUCAGAAAACUUUUUUCUAGUAUAAUUUUAUGAGCUUCCAAGAGGCAAGAUUUUUAUUUUUUAGUUCACCUUAUUUACCAAGCCAGUCAUACAGGCACAGCAGAAGCAGAGGGAAAUGGCAAUUGGAGGAGAGCAAUAUUUUUACUUGUUCAGCUUAUAUUGUAAAUUAGAGUAUAUUACUGUUCCAUCUCACUUAACCUUUUUACUGUAUUCAGAUUAUACAGUUCAGAUGACUGCUCUGUCGAUUGUGUAUUGCACAUCCUAAUGUAAUGAGGUAUUACAGUUUAACCUAAAUAUUAUAGUCAAAAGUAGCACUGAUGGAAUGAAGGUUUAUUAUACAACUAGAGUCAGCUGAAAAGACUAAAAGGACAAGAUGAGAGUAAAUCUUAUUCAUGAGUUUUAAAAGGUCUAAUGGCCAUUUAAAUAUAAGCAUUUUCUUUGAACCUGCCAUUGCCCUCAAGCAUAAAACCACAAUAACACAUUACAUAUAAUUCUCUGUAGACCACUGUGUGUAUAUUUUUUGACCUAGCAUUCAUAGGAAAAUGCUAUAUGAUCCACAGUGUGCGAAAUCUAUACCUUGGAGGGCAGUAUUCCUAGGGACUAUUCCAGUGCUAACACCAUCUCUCAGUGACACCGUGCAAGUCAUCUAAUCACUUGGGGCUAGAUUGUGACUUGGAGCAAGCCUUCACAAGGAACAGAACGUAGCUGUGCUGUAUCCUAAACUAGGCACAGACUAUUUCCCCCUGUACACCUGUGGUGGCCAGAAAGUUAGUGAGAUGGAGUCAGACUCCACUCAUUCUUCUGCUUGCCCAUAUGUGUAGGAAGUGAAUGACAGCCCUAAGGAGACUGCCAUCCUCAGGCUUUGCAAGUACAAAGAAGUAAAGAGGUACCCUGCGUCCUUAAGUUCAUAUACAAAAUGAUUUGUCAAUUCCUUUUUUUGACGUCAGUAAGUUGGAAGAAUACUGCUUACCUCACAGCGAUGUUGCAAGGAUUAGAUGGAUACAGUUUCAAACCUUCUUUAAAGAUGGAAAGACCGAAAAUAUCAUCACAGUAAGUCACUGCUAAUCAUUUUUGUAACUACAAGCCCUGAAUUCGGAAAUAAAUAGAAAUCAUUCAUCAUUCCAGUGGUGAGAACAAGAAGGGUUUAAUACACUCUCCUUGCUAACUGUGUCAACCAGUGUUCAAGAUUUCAGGGGAGAACAUUUGAAACAGAUAGUUUCUUCAUUUUAUGUGCCAAGCCAAAAGAAGCCAUUUCUUGUUCAAGGCAAGACAGUGAUGCUAUAGUACUUGGUACAGGCUGCUAUCUCCCCUAUACAAUUCAAGUACAUGAUGAAUUUUUAGUAUGUCAAGGGAUAUAUGUAACCAGUACUAUUUUAAUUCAGUUACCUGAAUUACUCUAUCAAAGGACCAUAUUACCACUUUAACAAAACUAGUUAUUUUUAACAUAUGAGAAAAAAAAGUGAAGUUUCUCUUUAUAUAUUUAAUUGUAUCUUAAGGUUUAAAUUCCACUCAAUAGUUUUUUUUUUCUUUCCUUGAAAACAUAAAUAACCAUAAAUAAAUAAACAAUAAAUAACUCAGUUUGAACAAAAAACAAAAACUUAUUCCUUUAUUCAACAAUACAAAGACCAGACCGAACUUAAAGGUCAGCAAAUUAAAAGGGAUAAAGGGAAACAAAUACCAUAUAAUCUGUGGGACUCAUUGCUUCAGGAAUGGUAAUUAUAGGUUUAAUGAGAUUCUAAAAAGAAUUAGACAUAAGUAUAAUUUUUUUGGUUAAAAUAUCGAGGAAAUAAAG